CGCGCUCGGGGGGACGCCCGCGGCCGAGCGGGGCCAUGCGGGGCCGGGCUCCGCUCCGCUCCCUCCCGCUCCUGCUGCUCCUGCUGGUGCUGGGCUCGGCCGCAGAAACUCCUCCCUAUUUACCAGCCCCCGAAAAUGUGGAGGUUUAUUCCUACAACUUCCAGAGCUUGCUGAGGUGGUCUCCUGUUCCAGUGGAGAAUGGCACAGUGUUAUACACAGCUGAGUACCAAACAGGCUCCUGCAGGAACUGGAGUGACCUGGGCUGUGCACAGAGCCCCCAGCCCCAGUGCCGCUUCCCCCCCGAGCUGCAGCGGCGCCGCUGGACCAUCCUGCUGCGGGUGCGCGCCGAGCUGGGCACGCUGGCAUCCCCCUGGGCACACUGCCCUGCCUUCGUGGCUGAGAGAGACACCACUCUGGGCCCCCCCAGGGUGAACAAUGUCAGUGCCAGCCCUGGCUCUCUGCUGGUCAGUGUCAGCCCCCCGUUCGCCCCCGAGGCUGGGGACAUCCUGCAGUACCUCGUGUCCUACUGGGAGAACAGCACCAGUGCCACAGCAAAGCAGAAGCUAAGUGAAAGCAAGACACUAUUCCAAAUUGGAAAUCUAAAGGAGUCAACACUUUAUUGCUUCAGAGUUCAAGUGCAGCUGAGGAUUUACUCAGGGCAGCUGUUGGAAGGGCUGCCCAGUGCCCCGGAGUGCCACAGAACUGCCCUCAGUGAGGCAACCCGAGCUGGGUACAUCAUCCCCCUGUUUGUCCUGGCCUUGGUGCUUGCCAAUCUGGUGGCAGCUGCUUUGCUGUUCCUGUGGAAACACCACCAGAAAAUCAAAUACUGGGCUCAGCCCCCUCUGGAAAUCCCAUCCCACUUCAAGGAGUUCCUGAGGGAGCCUGGCUGGGCUGGCCUGGAGGAGCUGCAGAGCCCAGCUGAGGAGGAGCCCCAGCCCCUGGUGCUCGGAGAGGAACCUGGCCAGGACAGGGAGGAUGCUCCAGCCAACACCUGCAGGGACAGGGCAGGGCCACCCCAGUGAGCAUCACCUGCCAUGGGGCUGCUGCCAGGACAGGCCUGAACACUGAGGAACAGAGCUGGCAUCACAGGAGAAUGCUGAACACACAGCCCGGGACCACAGGAGAAUCCUGGACACGAACCCCUGGACAUUACAGGAGCUCCCUGGCAUCACAGACCAGCCCUGGGGCCACAGGACCAUCCUGAAGCCAGCCCCUGAUGCUCCAGGGGCUCUGCCCAGCUCUCCCAGCCCCUCACUGUGCCAGAAGCACUGGGAAGAGGGAAGGUGGAAGGGAAGGAACACUAAACUGCCUGGAGCCAAGGAUGAAAGGGUGAAUUCCCACCCCAUCUUGGAGGAAUAACUGCACUUUAUUGAUGUGGGGUGACCUGGCAUUUUUCAGGGAGUGAAUUCCAUUGACACUGUUUGGUUUCUGCUGGCAAUAACACGCCCAUCACACCCACCCCAGUCUGCUGUUCUGGUUCAUUUUGAGUGCAGGACAAACUCAAAAGGAGUUUGUGGGUACUUUCCUGGGGUGCAGCUGUGCCGAGAGCCCCUCCCAGAGAUGUCUGCCCUUAUCUGCCUCCUCCCGCCCUCCUGGAGCUGUAAUCUGCUGCUGCAGCCAGGCAGGGCCCUGCACACCAAAAAGGACCUGAGAGAAAUUUUAUUCUGAGCUUUUCCAACGUUGAUCAGCCCCUGUCAGACACUAAAACCUCUUGCUGAGCACCGGAAGAAGAGAAGUUGACUGAGAGUUUUGGUUUUAGUGCCUUAAAGCAGAAGAGCCCAAGUUAAACCCCAUAUCACCCCCUGUGGGGUCUGGAGUGUCCAAUAAAGCACAAAGAACAAGUGAA